GACAGGUACUCUUGGACAGCGGCUGGCAGCGGAAGUGCUGGUUACUGUUUACUUUAGGUUGGUUGCUAAGGAUGCGCUUUCCAGGAGAUGCAACGUGAAAGCUCGCUGUAAAUCUGAUUUUCUUUAACAUGUAUCUGAACAAGCUUGUGUCCGUGAGUGAGAAGUGAAGCGAAAAUGCGCUCCUCUAAGCAGCGGAAGUGCAGUAGCAGCGGGCGGUUUCUGCCAUCUGCGGUUCACAGCAGCUAUAAGCAGCAUCUUGCAGCAGUCAGCUCUUUACUGCCGGACAGACUGAGCCGCAGACCUCUGGAUCUGAGGUUAUCAACUGACCUGAAGAACACUUUCAAUGUGGACGCCUUGAAAACACAGCCAUGCACAAGCGGUGAAACAGGAAGUCUGCGUGACAGUUCUGUCCCCAAUUUCCUGUCUGCCACCAGCUUCAGAGAUGACAUCUCUUCCUGUCCUGAGAGACUCGAUCUGGACCGGCGUGGACUGACUGAUCUGCCGGAUCUGCAGUCUCUCCAUGAGCUGCGUCAGCUGAACCUGCAGCACAACCUGAUUACACACCUGCAGCACCUCCAGAGCCUGCGGAGCCUGCUGCUGCUCGAUCUCCAUGGCAACCGGCUGAUUGACAUGUGCGGACUCUCCUCGCUGCGCUGUCUGCGUGUGCUGCUACUGGGAAACAACCGAAUACAGAGGAUCAGUGAUGUGGACGGACUCACCAAACUCGAUGUUCUGGACUUACAUAAUAAUCAGGUGCACAUUUUAUAA